AUGGUCUUAUGUUUUUCCUUAGGUUUGGAAAACUCCGUGAUUUUGAGAAACAAUAGAAACCACUUGACCUCGUUAAGCAGCUGGCUUAAACCUGUGGCUAAAAGCGUUAAUUCUCUGUGGAAGCGCUGUUGGCGUGCAUCUGUGGACGGCUGGGGUGCAAGUACAUUUCACUCCCGAUGUGAUGGCAAGGGCCCGACUGUGACAAUAGUAAGGGUGGGGAGGUAUAUUUUUGGUGGAUACACCAGUCUAUCAUGGGGUAAGUGAGCAUUGUAAAGAGACAAGAUUUGGUAACCCCUGUGCCGUUACGAGGAUUGAUUGAUAUAUGCACUGAAGCCAAGGCACCCUCGUCAGUUAACCUUGUCCGUCAUUUCGGGUUCCGGGGGGUGCACUCAACAUAUUUUAGACGGGGAGUUUCCACCCCAAGGUUCAACCCCUUAAUUACCCUUUUUGUACAUCAUUUCUGGAAGAGAAGGUGCUCCUGUCGUGCACAGUUGAAUACUUAAUACGGACACCAGUAUAUAACGGACAGUUUCUUUUUUCCUGACGGAAGGCUUACAUAUAUUCCCUAAAAUUAACCCGCUUAAUACGGAUACUGUUUUAAACGGACAACGGACGGAAAAAUAACCAAAGAGGGCGGUGGGGACUUCUACACAAAUCCCUAAGCACAAAACAACAAAAAAACCGACAUAAGCAAACAAAAUAGUCUUUCUAUUAUCCAUGAUAGUAAACAAGCUAAGACAGGGGAAGUUGAGGGAAAUAACAAAAUGUUUGCUAAUCUGGUUUUCAUAAAUCCAGGUAGAUAUACAGUCGAAGCUCUCCUUGCGACCACUCUCGAAAGCGACUGGCUGUGGUUACGAGAGCAGUUUACGAAAACCUUUGUGAAACCCCGUUUGAACUGUGACUUACACUUUGUAAUAAAAAGCUCUCAUGUAAUCGACCGCUCCCGUCGGCGACCACGCGACCACUUUUAGGAUUACCCAACUGGACCUCUCCUUUAUUUUUAAGCUAUCGUAAGCGACCACUAAGAGGCUUAUAUUCAUAUACAGAAUAUCAACACUUUAAUGAAACUGCACACUGCGUUAAUGGUUCGUUGAUACACAGCAGGAAAUUAUUGUAUUGCUAAACGUUGAAGGUCAUUUCCGAAGCGACCACCAGUUAAACGUUAAGUUCAGCCGUGUCUAUAUCAGAUAUAAAUAUAUAGAUUUAGCCACGGCUAAAAGCGAAGCUCUGGUUAAUAAUACGUGUAAACCAAAAAAAGAUUAAAUCGUGUAAUCCUAAAAGGGGACGACAAUGAAAAUGGCUUCAAGACUAAUAGAUCUAACUAGCAAAAAAACAAAUUGCAUGUGCAGCACACUUUUUCUUCUAAUUUGCAAAAAACAAAUUUGCACGUGUAGCACGUUUUUUUGUCUUUCCCUUGCCGUUGUUUUGCACGACUACAACGCUGUUUUGUACGACAAAAACGUCAAAAUUCCUAGUUACACAUUAUUUUUAUGGAGGAAUUGUCGUAUGUGCUUACCAAUAUUUUGUUUCCUAUGUUCAUGUUCGGUUUCAUUAUUCACCGCCGCUCAAUUUCACCUUGCUGGCCGCUAGCAUUUCUCAUUUUCUCACCGCGGCUUUGAAUUUCCAUGUUUUUCUUCCUACGAAAUUCGUCUCCUUUGUUUUCAAUAACUCGCUCUAGCUCUUUCUCUGUUAUCCACGUUAGUGUAAUCAUUAAAAAUAAUGCCGAAAAAGACACGACUUUGUUGUUGUUUUUUCUUUCUGAGUGUCUGGGCGGCCAUGUGAUUUCCUUCCAAAUAAUUUGGAAUUUGCAUUUGGGUCGCCAUACCUGUUGAUUGAGUUAUUUUACAUUGGUAUGCCUGUGGUGCGGAUGGACAUGUCGCUCGCUCGCUCGGUGUACGGUCACGUGAUUACCAAUUUUUUUCAGAUGGGUAGAUUACCACAUUUCCUUAGCUAUGGGGCUCUGGCGCGGAGCUCCGCCAUAAAGACACUGAUUACAAACAGAAACUUCUUUUGUUUUCCCUUUAUGAGUUGUUAAUGAGUUUUUGAAGGCCUCGUAAGCGACCAGCUCUAGUGACGACCACUUUAAAAGUGAAAAUUCCGAGGUGGUCGCAUACGAGAGCUUCGAUUGCAAUACGAAAUUAAUAAACCUAAAUAAAACAAAAUUUAAAAGAGACAUAAAUAGAGUAUUCUAACAAAUUACUGAUGGCCUUAUACUACCAAGGUAUCCGGUCUUCACUGUAAUGUAUUGUGUAAAACCUUUAUAUAAUGCAUCGAUUAUUACCUUCAGUUACUAUAGACUCCACAUUAGAUGGAAAUGUUAUUCAUUACAUUUGUUACGUAUUUGCUGUUUUGAUUUGUUUUCACCAUUGAAUGGGAUAAUAUAUGUGGAGGAAAGAACUCAGAAAAUCUCAUUUCCAGAUGGGAAUUGAACCCAUGUCAUUCUAGGCACUAGUCGAAUACUCUAGCGCACAUCUUUUCUUUCGAUUUUGUUUUGAUGUAUCUGGAACUGCAUACAAGAAGGAGGAGGAGGGUACAAAAUGUUCACGAACCUUCAUCUUGUGUACAGGUGUCACUGCACCUGACGACUGAGUGCCUUUCGCAAGUAAGUAUCGGAACAAUGUCCCUAAUGACGCUUCUAUUUCAUCCAUACUUUCUUGUAGGUUCUGGCUCUGGGUAUCGGUAUGACUCAAACGCCUUUUUAUUCUCACUUGUAAACAAGCCAGGAUGGGUACCUGUUAAACUGCCUCAGACGGGGAAAGAUAGCUCUAACAGGCGUUAUUCUAUAUACGAUAAUCGAUCAUAUGGGCCAACAUUCGGAGGAGGACAUGACAUUCACAUUAACAACUACGCGUCAUCCAAUAGAAAUUCUUACAGCAACCUUGGCUACACGUACAGCCCACCAAGCGGAUACAGCUACGGCAGCAACUUCGCCCAAUCAUUCAUGGCAGGAUCGUACAGCUUCACACCAGACGAAGUAGAAACUUUUUACGAAACAACCUAA